AUGGAUCGAUAUCAGGAUAAGAUAAAACCCCGAUCACGACCGGUGUCGGCGAUAAUAUCAACCACUACAACAAACGUCACCUCUCAUGACCAUGGGACUCUUUUUCUGCCGUCGUCAGCAACGCUGCUAAAUGGAAAUAUCUCAUCACAAACUCAAACACCACCUGCAAAAGCAAACAUUUCUCACAAUGCCAAUAUAGAGCUGGGGCCCAUCAAGCUUUUGCAGACACCUCGUUACUAUCUGGAAAAGGAGACUAAGAAAUCGUCCUCGUACAUUACAAAGAAAGAUAUACUUCGAAACGAGUUACGUACAACUGGAUUACCAACCAAUAACGAACCCAAACACAACCGCAUUGAGUUGCAAUUUCUUGUCUCAAUUUACGCUCCUGGUCUUCGCCCAUUGCGCAAUGCCAGUUUGGUCGAGAGGAUAAAGAGCCGAUUGCCGAAAAUUGUCGAUGGGGACCUUGAUGUCAACUUUUCACUUCAUUUGUUUUUAUCAACCAUCAUGGUGAAAUUUGUCAACCUGUGGUACUUGACCAAAUUAAACACUAGCAAUGUGGAGUUUUUAAGAGCUGUUUAUGACGAUGUUUUAGUUGUUUUGGUGAGAGACUUGGCACUGAGAGUGACGUGCUUGAGUAGUUGUGAUCUAUUGCACUUGGCUGAUGAUUUGAUUCUGAUAUUGAAUACCCAUUUGAAGGAGUUUGCAAAUGAUGAAAAUGGGAACUAUUCUUAUAAAGUUGUUGAUGGCUACUACAAUCUCGCAGACACAGAAAACAGUUUAGCUUAUGAUGCAUCCAAGGAUCCAAAAGAUGUGCUUGGCAACUACCUUUCUCAACAACACAUCAUUUUCGAUCACAAGUCUGAUGCUCAAGAGGAGGAGCAGCAACUUCUAUACUUGAGAGUAAUGGGUACGAAGAUCUUACAAAAAGCCAUGACAAACAAUGCUAAGGAUGCAUUAUUCACUUCAAAGAUCACUAGCGAUCUUUUGAUUUUGAUACUUGGUGAUUUGGUGAUGGCUCAAAUUGUAAAAAAGAUCUCCUCAUCGGAAUUCAUCCUAGGAUCGUUAAACAACGUUGUGACAAGUUUGUUGUCUAUGGUGAAGGAGCGGGAGAUCUCCAAAGCACAAGCUACCGUUUCUGGCCCAUCGGUAAUAACCCAAUUCGUGGCUUUGGCAUGCACCAUAUACCAGCUGAUGUUUAUGUUGGUUCUGGCAUUGAAGUCAUGUUCUGGAUACGAUGCUCCCUUUGAUGUGAUAAACUGCUCAGUGUUUGUACUCCUCGGUACGCUAUUCCGGGUUGAUCAAACCUGGCCGUUGGUGUAUACUCUAGCAUUAUCAAUGAGGACUAUUAUAUUGAGCAUAUUGGGAUUGAAGAAUGGUAUCAAUAAUGUUGUUCUGAAUUUUUUGAUGCACUAUAUGAGUAAAACCAUUUCCACAGAGACCAUAAGCAAAGUUAUCGACCAAUUGAGAAUAAAGCUAUUCUACUCAGAAGACAAGGAAGUAGCCCAUGAAGACCAACAUAUUUCACUCGACACUGUUGUCGACAAUAUCGUUGAGUUAUUCAACCACCUCCCCCUCAUGAAGCAGCAACAUCCGGAUUUUCUACGCAACAAAAUCAAGCGGGUCUUGAUUAUAUUCGCCAAGGAUGAAGAGCUUGAUCGAACAAACAAAGUCAAUUUGCUAUUAUGUAUUAGAUUAUUGGAUCAGGUAGUUUAUGCUAUAUAUAAUGAUAUAUAA